AUGCUGAACGUGUUGUGGGAGACUGAGGGGCUGCAGGCGGUGGGAAUCGUGGUGCUGGUGUGUGCCUCGCUCAAGCUGCUGCAUCUGCUGGGACUCAUCAACUUCUCAGAGGACAGCGUGGAGGAUGAGUUGGAGCUUUCAGCCGUCCGCCAUCGCCCCGAGGGCCUGGAGCAACUUGAGGCCCUGACUCGCUUCAACCGCAAGGAGCUGCAGAUCCUCUACCGAGGCUUCAAGAACGAGUGCCCUAGUGGCGUGGUCAAUGAGGACACCUUCAAAGUCAUCUACUCCCAGUUCUUCCCACAGGGAGACGCGUCGAUGUAUGCACAUUUUCUGUUCAACGCGUUUGACACGGAUAAAGAUGGAUCUGUGAGUUUUGAGGACUUUGUCAUGGGCCUCUCUAUCCUCCUCCGAGGCUCAGUCCAGGAGAAGCUCAACUGGGCGUUCAAUCUGUAUGAUAUUAAUAAGGACGGAUAUAUUACUAAAGAGGAAAUGCUUGACAUCAUGAAGGCCAUCUAUGACAUGAUGGGGAAAUGCACAUAUCCCCUACUCAAAGACGAUACCCCUCGACAACACGUGGAGAUAUUUUUUCAGAAGAUGGAUAAAAAUAAGGAUGGUGUUGUAACCAUAGAUGAGUUUAUUGACUGCUGCCAAAAUGAUGAGAACAUCAUGAGGUCGAUGCAGCUCUUUGAAAAUGUAAUUUAA